AUGGUCAGGGUUUGUAAUGCAAACCCAACCUGUAGUCUAAAGAAAAGUUUUGUCUCGGAAAGCUUGUAUAAAGACGGCGAUGUGAUUAUUGGUGGUCUGUUUCCAGUUCAUGUUCAAUCCCCAGUGCCUGAUCCUGCUUUUACUCAACAACAGCAUGGUUCCAACUGCCAGGGUAUUGACCUUCGAUCAUAUCGCUGGCUCAGAGCUAUGAUCUUCACUGUGGAUGAGAUUAAUAGGGACCCUGUCCUGCUACCAAAUGUUACUCUGGGUUACCUAGUAGCUGAUACUUGUUUAGCUGAGAGUACAACACUGAGUGCUGCUUUAGCUCUGGUAACAGGGCAAGAAACAACAGUGUUUAGCACCGAAUGCAAUGGAGCCCCAAUGGUUCCUGUCAUUAUUGGUGAUGCUCGUUCCUCUGCCUCAGUGGUGGUGGCAGACACACUGGGAGUGUUUGAUAUUCCUAUGGUGAGUUAUUUUGCAUCAUGUGCUUGUCUCAGUGACAAGCACAGAUUUCACACUUUUCUACGCACUGUCCCUAGUGAUGCCUUCCAGGCCAAGGCCAUGGCCCGUCUGCUUCAUCUACUAGACUGGAACUGGGUGGGGGUGGUUGCAGGGGAUGAUGAAUAUGGCAAAAGUGGCUCACACCUGCUUUUAAAAGAGCUCGAAGGUUCAGGGGUCUGUGUGGACUAUGUUGAAGUCAUUCCUAAAUCCCAUUCUCAGAGCCGGAUCAAGCAGAUUAUGGAGAGGAUCCAGAGUUCCACAGCUAGUGUGGUGGUGACAUUUGCCAUCGGGCCAGACCUUGAAGUUAUUUUCAAAGAAAUGGUGGUGCAGAAUGUGACCAAUAGGCAGUGGAUAGCAACAGAGGCAUGGAGCACUACUGUUCAGUACUCUGACCCAGAAAGCAUUCCUCUCCUAGCUGGUACCAUUGGCUUUGCUUUGCGCAGAGCUGAAAUUAAGGGGCUUGGUGCUUUUCUCACCCAACUGAAUCCUGUGAAGCAAUCAAAUGAACCAUUUGUAAAAGAUGUAUGGGAAGAAAUUUUUAGGUGCUCUUUAGCACAUGACAGGCAGCCUUCAUUUAAAAGACCAAAGUGCACAGGAUCAGAGAGUGUGGAAAAACAUGGCCGCAUCUACACAGACGUUUCACAGCUGAGAGUCACUUACAAUGUGUAUAAGGCUGUGUAUGCCAUUGCCUAUGCUCUUCACAACAUGAUUGCCUGCCUGCCGGGUAGGGGCCCUUUUGAAAAUGGACAGUGUCCAGAUGCAACUCAAGUAAAGCCAAGGCAGCUUCUCCACUACCUAAAUGCAGUAAACUUCACAACACCAGUGGGAGAGCUGGUCUAUUUUGAAAAUAAUGGUGAGCCGUCUGCAUCUUAUGACAUAAUGAAUUGGUAUGUCAAUAAAAGUGGAGAAGUAAAUUUUGUCCAGGUGGGACAGUAUGAUGCAGCCAAAGGACCAGGCCAGGAGCUGAACAUAAACAUUGAAAAAGUGAUUUGGGGAGGGGGCUGGGGUAACCAGGUCCCUGUGUCUGUAUGCAGUGUGAGCUGUCUUCCAGGCACUAGAAAGGUUGUACAAAAAAGAAAACCUAUCUGCUGUUUUGACUGUAUCCCUUGUGCAGCAGGUGAAAUCAGCAAUAUGUCAGACUCUACGGAGUGUAUGAGAUGUCCUGAGAAGUUCUGGUCAAACACCGAAAAAACUAAGUGCAUUCCAAAGGUUGUAGAAUUUCUGUCCUUACAAGAUACCAUGGGAAUUGUGCUGACAGUCUUAUCUGUCACUGGGGCUACACUAACUACAACUGUUUUGGCAACUUUUUUCCAUCAUCGUGACACGCCACUUGUGCGAGCUUACAACUCAGAGCUGAGCUUCCUGUUGUUGAUGUCACUCACACUUUGUUUCUUGUGUGCUCUAGUUUUUAUUGGCCGGCCUGCAGCAUGGAACUGCAUGUUACGUCACACUUUAUUUGGAGUGAGUUUUGUUACCUGUAUUGGUUGUAUCCUCAGUAAGACUGUGGUGGUGCUGGUAGCUUUUCGAGCUACUCGGCCUGGAUCUCAUUUGAUGCAGUACUUUGGGCCCAUCCAGCAGAGGGCAGCAAUCUUCAUUUGCACGCUGGUUCAGGUUGUCAUAUGUUUGCUGUGGCUACUGCUGGAUCCCCCUCAGCCCACAGAGAGUGCAGGGGAGUUAGGUGCUCGAUUGAUCCUGCAGUGCACUGUGGGAUCUGUUGUGGGCUUUGUAUUUGUGCUGGGGUACAUUGGUAUGUUAGCAGUUGUCUGCUUCUUGUUGGCUUUCUUUGCUAGAAAGCUUCCAGACAAUUUCAACGAAGCUAAAUUCAUUACUUUUAGCAUGUUUAUUUUCUGUGCUGUGUGGGCUGCAUUUGUGCCAGCAUAUAUCAGCUCCCCAGGAAAGUACACAGUGGCUGUAGAGAUUUUUGCUAUUUUGGCUUCCAGUUAUGGCCUGUUAAUUUGUAUAUUUACUCCAAAAUGUUAUAUCAUUCUGCUUAAACCUGAGAAAAACACAAAAAAGACGAUGAUGGCUAGAUAA